UUUUUUUCUUUAUUUUUUUUUUUUUUUUUUAUUUUAAACAAAAAAAGAUAAUAAUUUAGCAUAAAUGACAGAUUCUACAAAUGAGUUUUUAAGAGAUAUCGAAAAAGAUACUACAGAUGAAUUGACCAAUGUCGUUGAUAGUGAGGUGACUGUAAUAAAAAAAGUAAUUUCGACAGAAAUCGUAGUAGAAUCAUCUGUACCCACUUCCAGCAUUGAGAAUCAACUUGAAGAGCCAUUAAAUAAAGAGCAACAAGAUGUGUUAUAUACUGAAGUGAAUGAUGAGAUAAACAAAGACUUGUCAGAAAAUGAAGUGGCACUUGAUAAAGAUAACAUGGCAACCGCUAGUGAAACUGAAGCUGGAAAGCAAACAGAGAUUGAUCAAGAUAGUUUGGGUAAUUUGGAUCGUGAUAUAGAAAAAAUGCAAGAGGAUAUGGAUAUGAUUUUGCAGCAAGAAAAAGAAUUAUUUCUCUCUCUUGAUAAUGAUGUGAAUGCUAUAGAUAUGGCUGAAGAAGAUGAAACCGAUCAAGGUUUUGAAACAGCCAAAGAAACGCAAUCAGAAGAAGUGAAUAAUCACACUAGCGUAAAAAAGGAUACAGAUAUUAAAGAGGCUGAAAAAGAAAAAGAAAGUCAAGAUGUGGAAGAUUUAGAAAUGAUUGAAACUACAGAAAUAGUUGAAACAACGGAAAUAGUUGAAGAAAUGAAUAAAUCAGAUAAAUUUGAAAAGACUGAGGAGAGUGGAUUGGAUGAACAAGUUGAAAAUCCUAAAGAAACUAAAGUUGAUGAAAGUUUAGAAAGUGAAACAAAUGAAGUUGAAGAAUCUAUAGAACAUGUAAAAGAACCUAAAAAAGGCCAAGUAGCUGAAGACGGUGAAGAGUCUGAUGAAGAAGCGGUCAAUGUCAUUGAAGCUAUCUCUAGAAAAGAGAAUCAACACCAAAAUACUACAAAAAAUCAAACCAUGUCAGAUAUAGAUUCUAGUGAUUCUGAUAAAGCUGAACAACCUAAAAAGACGGCAAAGACAGGUAAACAACUUGAACUACCCAAGGAAUCAGGAAAUACUAGAAAAUCUCGAAAGACAAAAGAAAAAAAGAAACGUGUUAUUGAAGAAGAAGAAGAAGAAGAAGAAGAAGAGAGUGAUGUAGAAGAAGAAUAUGAAGUCGAAAAGAUUGAAGGCCAUCGAAUUUACAAGGGUAAAGUUGUAAAAUAUGAAAUCAAAUGGAAGGGCUAUCCUUCAUCAGAGAAUACAAUGGAGAGUGCAACUACUAUUCACACUGAUGUACCCGAGUUAUGUAUCGCUUACUGGGAUAAUUUGCCCCACAUUGAAAGACCAUCUAAUGUGCCUACAGAAACAGAACUGGAUAGUAUAGAAGAAGAGCAGAAAAAGGAAAACAUGAAACCUUCCCUCAAUAAUAAAAAGAGACCAUUAACGAAUAAAAUAACAGAAAGUUCUCCAGAGCAAUCUUCACGAAAGAAACAAAAACAAAUAGAAAAAACAAUGGAUAAAAAGUCUGAAGAUUCUGCUAAAAUGGUGGAGACUUAUUUAAAACAUGUACCAAAAUACAUGAUUGAACUUGGAUAUGUAUUUCCUAAUUCUUGGCCAAAUAGUAAGACUAAAUGGAAUAGUGAUUUAAAAAGAAUUUGUGUCCAAGCAUCACCUAUUGAACCAAAGACGAUGCUUUGUUAUAUUGAAUGGAAUAAUGGUGAAAAGACGAUUCAUUCAAUGUCAGAGAUACAUGAAAAGAUCCCUGAAACGUUGAUUCAAUAUUAUGAAGAAAGAUUAUUAUUUGUUUAAUCAAAAGAAGAAUAUAAUAUGUUAUUUUAUGUUUUCUAUUCCCCGCUCUUCUCUUUUCCAUAAAUAGUAAUUUUUUUUGUCUCUUUUUUGUCUUUUUUUUUUU